AUGAAAUAUACAAAUUUGUGGAUUGCAUGCUGUAUAAUUUAUUUUUUGUUAAUAAAUUAUUAUUGUGAGAAUAAAUCAUUAAUUGAUAGAGUAACAAAAAGAGGAGAUUUAGACAUUGUUUUACUAUUAGAUAUUGGAAACGAUCAAAAUGGGAAUACAAAUAAUUUAGGAUCAUUAUCUAACAAUGAUAAACGUUUUAGUGGAAUUCUUAAUAACAUAAUUGAAUUAUCUAGAAAUUUAUUAGUUAAAAAUGAAAAUAAAAAUGUUAAAAUUACUUUUAUAACAUAUGGAAAUUUACAUGUACAAACAAAAGGGACAAUAACUAAUAAUGGAAAUAACAAUAAAUUUGAAAAUCAAGUUGUGAAUAUUUCAAAUACAUCUAUACAAGAUGGGUUCAAAUCAAAUAUGAGCAAUUCUUCUGUACAUAAUAAUACAAGUUUUAAAAAUGGAAACAUAAAUAUAGAACAAUUUAUAAAAGUUAUAUUAAAAACAAAAAUGGAAAAUUCUCAAAAAAAUAUAAUUGAAUCUAAUCAUUUAAAAGCAUUAAAUUAUGUAGGAUUAAAACAUUUUUAUAAUUCAAAUAAAAAUACGACAAAACUUAUUAUAAUGUUUAUUAACACAGAUGGUAAUAAAAAUGGUGAACAAAAUGAUUUAGAUGUAAUUAAUAAUUUAUUUGAUAAAAAAAAAAUAACAUUAAAUAUUAUUACAAAAAUACAAUAUUUAUCUUAUUGUCAUUAUAUUAAUAAUUUAGGACCCAAUACAAAUGAACAAUUAAGAUGCAUAAUAAAAAAUUCAUAUAAAAAUAAUAAUAUUUUAUCAAACAUUUUAAUAAAAGUAUAUAAAGAUAUUCCUGUAGAUGCAAUUUGUAAUGAUUGGGAUGAUUGGACAGCAUGUACAACUACAUGUGAUAUUGGAUUCAGUUAUAGACAAAGAACAAUGUUAACUAAUAUUAAAAAUCCAAUAAAUGGGUUCUAUAAAAGAAAAGGAAAAAAUUGUUCUCAACAAAAUAAUUAUAUAAUAAAUGAAUGUUUUUAUAAAAGUUGUGAUAGUUCUUUAGAUAUAUGUAAUCAGGAAAUGGAUAUAUCAUUACUUAUUGAUGAUUCAGCAAAUAUUUAUUCACAAAAUAUAUGGCUAAAAUAUUUUAUGACUCCAAUUAUAAAAAUUAUUUCCCAACUUAAUGUUAAUAAUAAUUUAGUUAAUAUUUCUAUCUCAUCAUUUUCUAAUCAAGUAUUUAAUUGGGUUGAUUUUACAUCACCUUUAUCAUCAAACAAAAAUAAAUUAUUAACGUUUUUAAAAAAUUGGAGAUAUAAUUUAGGUGGAUCAUCUAAAGAUAUUAUUAAUGCUUUAAAUAUUGUAAAUAAUAAUAAUGUAUUUAAUUUUGAUAAAAAUAGACAAAAUGCAAAAAAAAUUCUUAUUAUUAUAAAUAUUGGUGAUAUUUAUGAUAAUAAUAACUAUAAAGAAAUAAUUAAUAAAAUAAGUCAGAAUCAUAAUUUAGAUAUUUAUUCUAUUUGUCUUAAAAAUAAAAAUGUACAAAAUUGUUCGGCUUUAAGUAUUGAUCGUAAUCACAUUUUAGGCAAUAAUAAAAAACAAUUUUUUUAUUCUUAUGAAAAUAUGAGUGGUUUUAAUGAUAAUGUUAAUUUAAUACAAAAAAAUAUUUGCUCAAAUUCAAGUUAUGAUCAAGAUAAUGAUUCUAAGAAAAAAGAAAUUCCUUUAGAUGAAAAAAAAGACAAAAAAAUCAAAAAAAAAAAUGACCCAACAAAAUCAGACUAUAUCCCAUUUAAAGAAAAUAAUAUAAAUAAAAAAUUAAAGAAAAAUAAUGUUAUUUUAAAAUCGGUAACUAAUUUAGACGAAACAAAUGAUGACAAUGUAAAUGAUCCACUAGCUAUUCCACUAAAAAGAUACAAAUCCGACUCUUUUAUUAACAAGUCAGGUAAAAAUGAUGAUAGUAUUAACAAGUCAGGUAAAAAAGGUGAUGAUAACAAUUCAAUUAUUAAGAGAUUAUUAAAACUGUUAUAUCGUAAAAAAAAAAAAUAUUCUAUACAAAAAAUUAACCCAAAAGAUAAAAAUAAGCUAACUUCAUUUAUCAAAAAUUUAAAACAUUAUUUAAGUAGCAAUAAUGAUAGUAAAAAUAAUGAUAGUAAAAAUAAUGAUGAUAAAAAUAAUGAUAAUAAAAAUAAUGAUGAUAAUGAUAAUAAGAUCAAUCCGGAUGUCUAUAAAAAAGUUGAAAGUGAUUUUAAUAAUCUCCUUGAUGAACUUUUUCAUGAAUCAUCUAAUAAUACAAAUAACGAUUCAAAUGAUGAGGAUGAAGAUAUUACUACUUCUACAUAUAAUAUAAAUUAUCAUCCAUCUUUGAAUGAUGAUUCUAUAUCAACAUAUUCACAUCUAUUUGAUAAUAUCGAUAUAGAACCUUAUUGGAAUUCAGAUAUAAAUAUACAAAAUAAAUUCCAUUUUAUUGAUAGUGAUGAGUUAGAAAAAGUGAUCAAAUCAGAAAAUCUGUUCAUCCCUUCUUCCUCUAAUCCAAUUAACAAUUUUACUGACAAUAAUGUUCAUAUAAAUCAUGCACCUGGCCAUGUACCAGAAGAUGUACCAGAUGUACCAGAAUAUGUACCAGAAGAUGCAUCUAGAGAAAAACCCGGGGAUAGCGAAAUAUUAGAAUCAGAAAAAAGUGAAGAGAUAGAUAAUAAGAAUAUUUUUCCGCCCCCAAAAGAACCAAAAUGUGAAAUAAAAAAAAACAAAAAAUAUAUUUCUAAAUAUGAUAUAAUUAAUAGAUUCAGAAAUAAAGAAAUUAUGAAAAUAGAUUCUAUAUCAUUUGAUUUAGAUAAAGACAAUGAAAUUGAAAAAGUGGAAAAAAAUAAUAAAAAUAAUAAAAAUAUGGAUGAUAGAAAAGAUAAAGAUUAUAAGCAAAAUAUUUCAAACAACACUAAUAAAAAUUAUGAUGAAAAAAUGCCAGAAAAAGUGAUAAGUUUAGAAGAUAUUGUAAAAAUUAAUAAUCAAGUUAUAGAUAAUGACGAGACGACUCUAUAUGAACUAGAAAAUGAAGAUGAUAGUUGGAAAAGCAAACAUCAAGAAUGGGAAAUCGAUAUGAACACAGUGUGGAGAAAUAAUAAAGGUGUCGAAUCAUAUGUAGAUCAUGAUAAUAAUGAUGCAGAUAAUAAAGAAAAAAAAUAUCAUUAUGUUUAUAAAUAUGCUGCUUCAUUUUUCGUAGCUACAUUUUUAUUAUUAGGAGCAUCGACACUUUAUGUUAUACAUAAAAGCAAACAAAUAAUUCCAACUAUUUCUAUCCCAGAAGAAUUUAUGAUACAUGAAUCUAAAAAAACUGAAGAUUAUAAAGAUCAAAAUAUAGCCAUAGAUUAUAAUGAUGAUUCUGCAUGGAAAUGA